GGGUUCACAUUUCUAUGGCAUCAUUGAGUACAUUUCUGCUGCUCUGCCUAGCGCUGCUCAGUGUUGUACGAGCUGGGACGUGGCUUGCAUUUAACGACAUGAGAGAAGCGCCAGUUGAUUAUCCAAUAAGAACACCUAUCGAUAUCGUUGAUGUUUGCAAAGAGCAGCAGAGGCGACUAGAGAAGCGAGCCGAGCAUCACAUAUUGACGAGAGCGGAACGCGAAAAUAGUGACAUGUGCCGAUUUUUAUUACGAAUGGGUCGUUCGCUCUGAAGCAGACAGUUCUCAUCGUGUAGAGCAGAACACAAAGACCUGUACAAGCAGAAUCAGUUUGGUCACGUGGCUGACCAUAUCAACUCGCACACAAAGCCAUAUAUUGCCUCGUUAUCUUCCUUGAUCUCUAAUUUCGAUUGUGUUUUAUUUGGAAAGAAUAAAUGAAGCUUGUUCUUGCUCUAGUACAAUGAGCUUG